AAAGUCACCACGCGACCACGGCCACGAUCAUUAGUUAUCAUAUUUUUAGUAUCUACGUACCUAGUUCUAUUUCCAGUGUUGGAUUACUUUAUUAUAAAGGCGACGUUAUCUUAUCGCUGUUUAAAAGCAUUUGAUUGCAUAACAAUAUUCAUAAAUUAGGCGAUGUGAGUUAUGCGCAUUCUACUCAGGCCAUUUAUUGCGUCCAGACAAGUAUUGCGGCAGCAACUAAAUAAUAAGGUGAUACCAAUAAAGUUAAGACAUCCUUUUACAACAGCUUUAGUGUGGAGGGCAAUGGAAGAUAAAGAAGCCUUAAAAAAGCGUUUAACGCCACUGCAAUACCAUGUCACUCAAGAGGCUGGAACCGAACGACCUUAUACAGGGUGCUACAAUAAAUUUUACGAAGAUGGACUGUAUGUGUGUAUAGUUUGCCGACAGGACUUGUUUAGUUCAAAAACCAAGUUUGACUCUGGUUGUGGCUGGCCUGCAUUCAAUGAUUGCCUAGCUAAAGAUAAAGUCACUUUGCACCAGGAUACAAGUGCAGUUGGAGCGAAUAUAUUACUAGUUUUAACACGGCCAGGUUUGGUGCGAACUGAGGUGCGGUGUUCCAAGUGCUCCGCUCACCUGGGCCACGUGUUCGAUGACGGGCCGGCGCCCACCAAGAAACGGUUUUGUAUUAAUUCUGCCUCGAUGGACUUCAUACCAGCCGAAGAAAGGAAGGAUUAGCUUACCUUCAAUACUUUUUAAAAUAAUACUUGUCGAUAUGUUACCGAUACUAUAAAUAAAAUAUAAGUAAAUGUGUACCUACCUAAACAAAUAAGACAAGUUAACAAUGAUUUUAUACAAAAUCCAGUCCCAAACAACGUGUAACUCAAACUUGAGACACUCCAAAUAAUUUAAUUAAAACGAAUCAAUAUAUUUGAAUAAUUUGAUUGUCUUGUUACAUAUGUAUAACUUUUCGAUUUAUUAUGCAAGAGCGCAAAGUUGUAGAUGUUUACUGACAGGUAAGUGAUAACAUAGUGAAAGAAACUGAAAUCAAACCACGUGAUUCGCAAGUGAUGCUAAAAUAUAAACCUUUAGGUACUGCUGCGAGGCCUUAGGCUCGAUAUGAUAAACAACUUUGCUCUCGAGCGAAAUACAACCUUUUUCAACUCACCAGUUAAAUAAGUUUGUUUCACGGGUGUAUUAAAAAAAUGUACCUAGUUUAGCGUGGUUAAGGACCGGUUACGAAAGUUAACCAUUUAAGUCGUAAUAUGUUGUAUUUAUUGUACUUUAUUCAUACACUUGUAGAUAAGUUUAUAGCAUAGGUACGCCAACACACUCGCAUGCAUAUCUAUAAAUUAAAUAGAAACUGAAACAAUUAACUUUUUAAAACUAAUUACGGGUCCUUAGCUACCUUCAACUGGUUUGCAAUUCAUGCACCCUCAUGAUAUUCCGUUACGAUAGAGCUUUUACCCUUCUACAGGGGUUGUGCAAAAUCACGCGAGGUGUUUUCGGCUACUAAAAUAGACAGGUUAUUCCCACUAGUUACCACCAAGUUCCUACCAGUGGUAACUACUGGGAU